CGUUGCGCUGAUUCAACUAGUGUAUGUUUGAGUGAAUCACGAUGAUUAAGCUGUUCCUUAUUACAUUGCUUUGCGUGGCGAUGUUCGCCGAUUCUCAAGAAGACCAAAUGAAUGAAAUGGGAACAGAAUUAAGGAAAGCAAGGGCUGAACAUGCUAUGAUGGGUCAAGAUAGUCCUUUAUUAAUGCAAGCUAAUGUAGCACGAAAUAGAGGAGGAUUACAAGGAGGAAAUGGACAAGGACCACCGGGAGGACAGGGAGGGCCUCCGAAAGGAGGACCGGGAAAUGGACAAAGACCACCGGAAUUAACACAGGAAGGGGGACUGCAGAGAGGAGGACAAGAUCAGGGAUGGGGUGAGGUUGGGAGUCGGGGACAGUGACGGGGAGGAAAAGAAAACAGACCUGGACCGAAUAAUCAAAGACUAGUGGAAAAAUAGAUUCUGGUCUCUUGCUGGUACAUGUCUGUAAAAUACAGAUAAAGGUUCAGCCGAAGAUUAACAUUUUCUCAGCACUAUAGAUCUUGUUUUAAAUUUUUCGCACGACUAAAAAAGCACCGAAAAUUUUAGAAUAAUAAAGUUUGUCACUGCAGUA